AUGGACUCAAUUCUUUUUGGCGCCGCACUGGCAGUCUACCGUAUUAUAGGCGCCAAACUUUCCACGGCUGGACGCGCUACUGGACAAAGUAGUGCUAUCCCAGCCUGGAGAAUAAGAAUUGAAGAACGUAUCGCAAAGGCUAGAGCCCUCAUUGGCAGACUGAUAUGCUUCAGGUCAGGCAAUACCAGGCCAAGGAUUGUGCGCACCGUCAGGAUGGCGUUUGCUGGGACAAAUGUUAGUUUGUCCCAGCCGGAUAUAAUGCAAAAACUGACGGAGUGCAUAGAUGAUCUGAAGCAGAGAAUCGCUGCUUGGGGAAAGCGGAUUCGGCGAUAUACCGAGAGGUCGACACGGUUCAACCAGAAUCGUCUCUUCCGGAGUGAUCAGAAGAGGCUCUAUAAAUCAUUGGAGCGACCAAUUGUAAGUGGAACGGGCCCAGCACCAAAUCAGGCCGACACGGUUGCAUUCUGGCGCAGCCUGUGGUCAGAACCCGUAAACCACAACGAGGGCCCUUGGACGGAAGUUGUGGCGAGUCAGUGUGCGGGUAUUACGCCCAUGGACCCCGUCAUCAUAACGCCGGAUGACGUAGCUGAGGCGGUCCGUAGGGCCCCGAACUGUAAAAGUCCGGGGCUUGACGGGCUGAAUCACUACUGGCUGAAGAGGUUCAUGGUGUGUCACGCUGUGCUCGCCCGACAGUUUCAAGAGGUUCUCAACCAGAAGUCACUCCCAAGCCUCUUCACCACUGGGAUCACUCAUUUGGUUCCUAAAGAUCAGGGUGUCACAGACCCGAGCAAAUACCGCCCCAUCACGUGUCCAUACAAGACACUAACAUUCAUAUUGAGCGCGAGAAUCGCUCGUCAGCUGGACUUAAAUCAGUACGAAUCGCUACCACCGCCAUUAACUCCUGCCAAGUAUGUAAACAUGAGAAGCGGUGGUGCUUGGAAUGUCGAUAGCGGCCCUAUUGGGUUAACUUUGAGCCAUAAUAACACAUCGGACGGAGACGACUUACAACAGUUUCGUAAUAGUGUGCAAAGCAACUGUGAAAACGAUGUAAUAAAUUGUAAUGAUGACGUCAUAGUAUGCACGACAUUAUCUCCUGAGAUGGGCAAUAAGCAUGCAUCGAGUACGGCGGUGGUGCCUGCACCAGGCAAGGUGGAGCGAGUGGCGGUGGCGAGCAGCUGUGAGUGCAGAGAGGAGGUUCGAGUUUCACCGUUACCUCCAAGUGCUGGCCCAAGUACGUCUACACAAAUAUUAUCUGCGCCCGUAUCUAACCUAAGGCAGAAAGGUCAAGAGACGUCGAAUAUUCAAUCCUGUCAUGAAAACAAAGUGAUUAAUGACUGGCAAAUGAGUUACAACAUCAGCGACUUCCGUCCGACGCCACAGACUAUACGAAUUCAAUUACUGUUCCAGUUGAGAUUGUUGUAUUCAGAUAUAAGCCUAUCGUCCGAGGUACUUAUGCAAGAGUAUACAAUCGCUUUAACACACUAUUGA